GUCACGUGUAGACAAUUUUUAUAAACACGACAGUGGUACUGUGAUAAGCAAUGUACAUGUAUAGCAUUUGUCACAUAGUUUGCGGAGAUAUACACACACACAUUCAGACCAGAAAUUUCUAAAUAGUUUGAAUCUAUUCCGGGACGUGUUUUUUGGGGAUUAUUUAAACUUCAAUCAGCAUAGUUAAAUGUGUACACUUGUGUGUUGGCGUGUGUUUGUAUUUAUUUGGAAUUAAUGUGGAUUGAAAAAAGUAGCAGUGGAGAUUUACAUACAACUCAUAUAGUCACUGUGAAUGUGGUGCUUCUUUUGCCAAAACAACAUUGUUAUAUAAUCGGAUAUGUAGUUCAAGUUAUGAGUUAUCAAAAGACUAACACCUGUGUUCCACAAAGUUAGCUAGAGAGAAAACCAGCUCAACAGGGGAAAUUAUGUUUGGCAUCCAGGAGCAGAUUGUAUGUGAUUACUAUAGACAGCUAGCGGAAGAUUAUUAAUACCGUUUUUCAUCACCGUGUGUAUUUAUUUCCCCUAUUUGCUUCUGUAUGAAAUACCUUCAGGAAUCGUGAUAUCCGUUAUUCAAGGAGUGAUUGUGUAAAAUGUGUCGGAAAUGGCCGCUUGGAAUGGAACUACAAACACCGUGUCACAAAUAUCAGUUAGUACCCAGAUAGCUCAGGUUGAAUAUAUGUUAGUGAAUUCGCCAAAAUCCGCGUCGUUUCUAGAUAUCUUUAAUGCUUCCAUUCCGGACAAUCCGCAGACACAGCAGUAUUUCUCUUCAACAGUGAAACCUUCCAACAAUUUCACGCCUAACGCCAUAUUUGAAACGUCGUCUGCCAUUGCGUCGAUUAUAUCCUCAAAUGCCGAUUAUGAUUAUGAUAGCAACUGGACAUUGUCAAAUUUGAAUUCUUCAUUAGUGAGCUCUGAUGUUACGCGUUCAACUUUGGAAGUGGCGAUUAUAUCGUUUUUAGUAGUGUUACUGUCGCUUAUGACGGCAGGUGGGAAUUUACUAGUAAUAUGGGCAUUUAAAAUAGAUCGUCGACUUCAAACCGUAAGCAAUUAUUUUCUGUUAAGUUUAGCAGUGGCAGAUAUAAGCAUUGGGGUUGUGUCGAUGCCCUUCUACACGGUCUAUCUUCUUAUGGAUCAUUGGCCACUUGGAACUCUUUUAUGCGAUAUCUGGCUUUCCUUGGAUUACACAAUGAGCAAUGCAUCAGUGGCUAAUCUAAUUAUUAUCAGUUUUGACAGAUAUUUGUCCGUUACCAGACCCUUGACUUAUCGGGCUAAACGAACUCCUAAACGUGCUGGCUGGAUGAUUGGGUGUGCUUGGGUGAUCUCGGCCUUGAUGUGGACGCCCUGGAUCUUUGCCUGGCCUUAUAUAGAAGGUAAACGAACAGUCCCCGAAAACGAUUGCUAUAUUCAGUUUCUGAAAACUAAUCAGUAUAUAACCAUCAUUACGUGCAUGGCUGCUUUUUAUGUGCCCGUGUCCAUAAUGACCAUCAUAUAUUAUCGAAUUUAUCGAGAGACGAGAAAGAGACAGAAAGAUUUAGCAGGAUUACAAGGAGGGAAGGAAGGGAAGGGUAGCAAGGGUAGCAAGAAAUCAACUCUAUCUAGUGAUGAGGAGGGUUAUUCAAGCUUAAGUGAAAAACGUAGUCCCUCCACGGAACUUGGUAAUUCCAUAAAACAUAAAAACUCCUGUAAAAAGAAGUUUUUCUCGUGUUUGAAAAUAGAUCGGGAUUCAGAUUACGCCGAGGAAUCCAGUUCUAGCGAUCAAACAGCUUCUCCCGGUAAUGCCAACAUAAUUGUGUCAGAAUCUCAUGAAUAUAUCCCAGUGAACACCAAUGUAAAUAAACGUGUUACCCCUAGCAACCAUAUUAAUCAGACUUCCAUUAAAAGGGGCAAACACAAUGAUCAGAUGUGUAUUAGUGGUUCCCUUAUACCUCUGUUACCCGUAGAAACACCCCUGUCUUCCCCCACCCCCUCAUCUUGUCAUGAUAUCACCACGUCUUUUUCACGACAGACUGAUUUGUCGUCUAUUCCUCUUGCAGAGGAAGACGAUGACGUCAUUGAAGAAGAAAAGGAUAAAAUGUAUACAGUGUUUAUCAAACUCCCUCCAAGUGAUAUAGAGGACCAACAGCCUUCUAUUCGUUUGGUUCCUGAUAGUGACGUAGAUAGUAUAUGUGACACAGGCCACCACAGGACACAUGGUGAUAGUGAUUCUAGUGAUGAUUGUCAUCCUGAUUUAAAUGAUGAAGACGACGAUGAGGAGGAGGAAGACCGGAAUCGUAUUGUUCCACCCGUUCGUCCUCCAACCGGAACGCCCGCCAUGGCUAGACGGGCACACAGCAACGAUACCGCCCGUGUCGCCAUGCAGGCCAAGAUGGCGGCUAAAGUUGCCAAUAAAGUACGAAAACAACGAGCUCAUCAUAAAUUGCAUUCCAAAAGACAUGAAAGGAGGCAGGAUCAAAAAGCUGCUAAAACACUGACAGCCAUUUUAUUAGCCUUUAUCAUCACAUGGACACCGUAUAAUAUAUUUACAAUAGUGGAAGCCUACUGUACUGGAUGUAUAAAUGAAACUUUGUACGCUAUAGGUUACUGGUUAUGUUACAUCAAUAGUACAAUUAAUCCCUUAUGUUACGCGUUAUGUAACGCUAAUUUUAGGAGAGCAUUCUGGAGAAUCUUGACGUGUCGGUUCUCAGCCGAGAGAAGACCUGCAUUACAUAGGAUGAUGAUGCCACAAAUAAAUCCUGCAAACUUUUUACCAAGGUAAAAUAAGCAGUAAAAUAGGAAUUUAGCAAUAUGUGUUCGUGAUCUGCAAAUCUUGUGGUGAGCUGUUGUUUUUAGCACGAGCUGGUUGUCGUAUUUGGAAUUCCGAAGUGUUUAAGACAAAUAGAAGUAGUUCCAGGAAUUUAACUGUUGUUUUUCAAUUGUAAUGAUUUACAAUGUUAAGUGUUCAUCAUUCAGCAAAUUGUCCGUUCACGAUGGAAUUUGUCAGAAGAAAUGGGGUGCUUGUGGUUCAACUAAACAUUUUUGAAGGCGAUAUUGAAUUUAUUGUCUGUGGUAUCCGAUUUGUUAAUGAAGAAUGGUAAUCGACUUAUUCAUGUUUGACUAUACAAAAUAAUGAAUGCCACAAAAUUCGAAGAGGAAAGCAAAGUUAUUAAGGGCGUUGUUUCGUAAACAUGGUAUUUCGGUAAUUUUUAGACCCCCAAAAAACAACAAAAAAAAACCCAAAAAAAUCUUUUAUGGUCAUGUGCGCGUUUCCACUUACUCCUUUUCGAAUUCUGUCAAUCGAUUUUUGUACUUGCCAAUGUGUGCACGAGUGGUCAAUUAAAAGAAAGUUUAAAUUUUAUUUUAGAGGGAGGCCAUGUCUCAAGUUGAAUUACUUAAUAACAAUAGCAUUAUUAUUGUAUGUCUUGUGUGGUGUUUAAUUGGAAAGGGUUAUUUAUAUACUAUACUUACUCUUAAUGUAAAUAUUUAUACCUCUAUGUAUAUAAUAUUACUAUUUAAAUAAAUAAUGACAGUGCUUCGC